AAAAGGCAAAAUUGAAGUAAAUUCUUCUCCUUCAUUUUCCCUCUCCAUCUCUCUGUGCCACCAACAGAGUCUCUUAUUUUCUGAACUCAAAGACUUGAAGAUUUCUCUUCAUGAACUCUUCUUUUCCCAUUCUUUGAUUGCUGUCAGCUCUUUAAUUUCCUCAUCUUGUUAUAUACAACUUCAGCAUCUGCCAUACUCUAACAACUGUGAUGUGAACUUAAUUGAUCAUGGAAAUUAUUUGAGGGAUGCGGGGAAGCUGCUGUAUCUAUCUUCUGGUAAUCGGGUUUGUACAAUGAAGAAUUUUGGACACUGCUCGAAUGGUAAAAGGCAAAACGAAACAGUGAAACUUGUCGUCGCAGUUACCAUUGGAGUAAUUUUUGGCCUCUUUAUCGGGUUCUCAUUUCCCGCACUCUAUUUAAACAAGUUAAAUGUCACAGCAAGUCUUGUUAACAACGUAGAUGAUAGUAGCAACUUAACAGAAGAUCAAACCGUGAUGGAUCCUACAAAGGAAUUAAGGUUGUUGUUUACCGGUGUUGAUCAGAUAUGGGUUCCAUCAAACCCGAGAGGGGCAGAGAGAUUACCACCAGAUAUCAUUGUCCCCGAGUCAGACUUCUACCUCCGAAGAUUAUGGGGCGAACCCAGCCAGGACCUAACAAUGAAACCGAAGUAUUUACUAACACUCACAGUUGGGUAUAAACAGAAAGAUAACAUAGAUGCUGUUGUGAAAAAGUUUUCAGACAAUUUUACCAUUCUGCUGUUUCACUACGAUGGGCAAACAACCGAAUGGGAUGAAUUCGAGUGGUCCAAGCGGGCUAUUCACGUGAGUGCUCAUAAGCAGACAAAGUGGUGGUAUGCCAAAAGGUUUCUGCAUCCCGAUAUUGUUGCCUCGUAUGAAUACAUAUUCAUCUGGGAUGAAGACCUAGGAGUUGAGCAUUUCGAUGCAGAGGAAUACAUAAAACUUGUAAAGAAACAUGGGCUGGAGAUUUCGCAGCCCGGUUUGGAGCGAAAGAAGGGAGUUUGGUUGACGUGGGAGAUGACGAGGAGAAAAGCUAACAGUGAAGUUCACAAGGAAACCGACGAGAAACAAGGCUGGUGUUCUGAUCCUCAUUUGCCUCCAUGUGCAGCAUUCGUGGAGAUCAUGGCUCCCGUCUUCUCUCGAGAUGCUUGGCGUUGUGUGUGGCAUAUGAUUCAGAAUGACUUGGUUCAUGGUUGGGGUCUUGACUUUGCCCUUAGAAGAUGCAUUGAGUAUGCUCACGAUAAAAUUGGAGUGGUUGAUGCCCAACCCGUUGUUCACCAAGGGAUUCCUUCACUUCGGAACGAGGGACCGCAAAAGAGUGGGAAGUACAAGUCGAGACUGGUGAAACAGAGAUGUAGAAGUGAAUGGCAAACAUUUCAAGAUAGGGUAGCUAAUGCAGAGAAGGCAUACUAUAAGGCAAAAGGAAUUCAAUUUCCAACUUCACAUCAUCAGCUCACUACCUACCUUUCAUCAAAUAUAUUCAAAUAUAUCAACUUAACACAAGCAUUGAUAUUUGGUAUUAUUGAAAGUUUCCACAAUAUGACAAUAUUGUACGGAAUGGUCUUAUCUUAUAUCUAUAAUAAAGUCAGAUCUUUUGAGAAAAAAAAUAUUUUCGUUUUUUCACCCAGUGAAAAUGACGUAGUUUUGAUAGAUUUGUAAGACAUUGAUUGUGUAUUUAUUAUGUUUACAUUUACUGUAACAAAUAAAAUAUGUUUACAAAUUUUGAAAAUCAUAUUUUUGAAUUGCAAAUGA